AUGGAUAAGACCGUUGCCAGAAAUACAGAGACAUUUUUACUGAUUGAAGGUGAAUACAUAAAGAAUCUCCAGAAACAGGUUUAUCUCCUAGAAAUGGAAACAUCUUUCUUAAGGGAACAGGCAAGAAAAGUUACGUGUGACCAACCAAGGCUGACUGCAGAAGCUGAACAGAUGGUGGCAGAGUUAAAGGAGUUGCAAUCGCAGAUAAGCAGCAUGCAGCUGGACCUGGCUAUGAAGGAAAACUCUAUCAGUGUUGUGAAAGGAGAGUUAGAGGCACAGCACAGACACCUG